UUAAAUAAUUCGAUUUCAAAUCAUUAUAUAUUUAUCAGUUUAUUUUGAUUUUCCUAGAUACUUGUAACUUGGUAAAUUUGUACAUGAACAGAGAAAUUCACGAAGACGAAGUAGUGAGCACAAACGAAGGGAACGCAUCAAUGCAAAGAUGAGAGUUAUGCAAGCUUUAGUUCCAACUUGUGACAAGGGAGAUCAUGCGUCCAUUUUGGACCAUACAAUUAAGUACAUCAAAUCCAUGAAGCUUCAAAUUGAUAUGAUGUCAAGGUCAUUUGGACAAAGCCAACUCCAAAAUUUAUAUGCACCUCAAAUGAUGAUGCAACCCACAAUGGUCCCUAGACUCAGAUAUGGUACUUGGCCUUCUCACAUGUCACCCUCUGGCUAUACGUACAUGGUUACACCCCCGUGUGAUGGUGGCGUUCCUAUUCAACCCGUCCCUCAGGUUCAGGCUCAGGCACAGACUCUGGGUACUUUUGCAUCAAUUUUAUGCCCUCUACAAUAUUUGUCUACCACUAUUCCUACACCGGCUACGCCUACUGUGAUGUCUUUUGUCCCUCCUCUACCACAACUCACACAAUCGAAUUCUUCUGAUGCUGCAUCUCAUAUUCAGCCACGGAACUCUUGAUUAAAUCUAUCUAUCUAUCUAUAUAUAUCAUAGUAAGAUGUUUAAGCAUAAAUAAGUGUAAAAUAAUCACUAGCUUCUUGUUAGCAAAACAUAUGUACUAGUAGUACAAAAUUUUGUAUAUUUUAGUUUACUAGCUUCACAGUAAUCAAGUUUAAAUUAAUAGGAACCAUAUAUAUAUAUACAUAAAGAUUGUUGUGUACUCCGUACUCGUGUAAAUUUUAAAAUCAUAUUCUUAUCCAAUAGAACUC